AUGGCUGACAACGCACCGUACAAGGCGUUGCCUACCGAACCAGAUGCGCCUGCGCCUGAGGGCGAAAGGAUCGCGCCGCUGGUCGUAGACGAUGGACUGGUCAAGUCUGAGCAUAGACUGGGGGAUACGGUGGCGAUGUACGCCGCAUGCAUAGGCAUUGCGCUCAUUUCACUGGUCUCAAUCGCACUCGUAAUCUUUGACGAGCCAUGGAAAUUACCUUGGGUGUCCGCACAUAUCAUCCUUAACCCCAUAGCCCUGCUGCUUAUUGUGCCGGCCAUUGUCGUGCUACAGCCCACUUCACAAGCCUCCACGAAGGCGACAGGACUCGCUAGACACCAGCUACUUGCACUACCGGCUCUCGCCUUCGUAACACUCGGAACGCUGGCUAUCGUCCUGCAUAAGACCCUAAAUCACAAGGCACACUUCCGCUCAUGGCACGGCACUAUCGGCAUAGCAAUAUACGCAUGGUUGGCCGUCCAGGCCGCAUUCGGAGGCGCAACUGUGUGGUUUGGUGGAGCAGCUUUUGGUGGAGGUCUGAAGCCCAAGUUGAUGUGGAAAUACCAUCGACUUUCCGGUUACAUCCUCUUCCCUCUGCUCAUGGUGACCACUGCUCUCGGCGGUGCAUCCCAUUGGGCUCAGAAGCUUCUCCCAGCAUCCGUGCGCUUGAUCAUAUAUGGGGUAGGGUCGGCUGUUGUAUUAGCGGCAGUGAUGGUUCGCGUGAGGCCAUCCAAGAUGAAGCUCUGGUAG